CUACGAUAUACUGCGGUACCAGGCAGCCCAUCCCAGACCCAGAGCUUGCAAAAGAAAAACUCAGAAUGAGGAUGCGCCCUGCGUAAAACGCGCCGCUGGCGCGUUGCUGUAUGAAGAUGCUUUUGGUGUUCGUUCUGGGGACGGCGUGCGCCGCCGCCAGGCUCGAGACGAAGGACCAGAUGAUCGCCUUUCUGCGCGCGCACCCCUCCCGCGCCUACUUCAGCCGACUGGUGCGCGACGGUCCGUACGACGUUGCCAUGGAAGUGGGCGUGGCCGACGGCCGAUUCUCGGAACAUUUUCUGAUCGACGCCCAGCCUAAAACGUGGUACAUGGUCGAACCCUUCCCGAACAAGAUGCUUCAGGCCCGCUAUCCGCCGUCGACGAGCGGACGCCGCGCGCCGCGGCGCCAGCUCGAAGAGAUGCCUACGUCCUGGGCAUCGCGGGGCAUUGGCACCACGUCAAAAUUGCGCUUCUUCAAGGCGCUCUCGCUCGACCAGUCCGUCCUCGACGCCAUCGCCCCGGAGUCCGUUGACUUUAUCUACCUGGACGGCGCGCACGACUACGCGAACGUAGCCCGGGAGCUCGAGCCGUAUUAUCGAAUGUUGCGGCCGGGCGGCAUACUUGCGGGUCACGACUAUUGCAAGUACGACGAAAGGCCGUUGGCGUGCCGGGGCUGCGCGGACGUGCCGGCGUGCGUGAAAUACACCGAGUAUGGCGUUCGACACGGCAAGGGCGACCGGCGCGCGGCGAACCAGUGGGACGUCGUGAGGGCCGUGCAGGAGUGGCUUGCGCGGCACCCCGAGCUCGAGGUCUACCACACGAUCGAGAAUUUCACGCGGACGUCGCUCGCGCAGGACGGCAUGGACUACGACCUCGUGAUCACGAAUACCUACAACCCAUCGUGGUACGUUUUCAAACCAAAGAGUAGCGUCAUUGCGCCGAUGGCCAAAAGGGCGCGAUGCGACUCGACGAGUCGCACAGCUGGCGCGCAAAAACUUGUAUACUUGCAGCGGUGUCUCCGUUUAGAAGCGGGGGUAGAACGAGCAGAUACGUCCGUGCGCAGGUUGUCCUAUUCUCGUACAACUUUGGGAAUUUCCGGGGGGAAAUAUCACGCUACAGGAAACAGACGCAGAAAUUCUCGUGCGCCUACGAUCGAUUCUUCUUCACCGACCUCGUGGACGUCGCGAGGCCGCUAGCAGACGAUGGCUGGAUUCUUUCCAAAGUAUCAGCCGACGAUGCUUCUUGCGGCGUCUGUCGAAUGAUAUGACCACGGUAUUCGAUUCUAUGCGUAGGUUCCCGUCGAAGCGCUACCGCGCGUCAUAAUACCACGGGACGUAUCUGACGGCUGGAAGCUGACAAAAUACUUCAAGUUCGGCCACAUCCCACGCGCACUUCGUUCAUACGAGUACACGUUGCACGUUGACUUCAGCGCCUUUGCAAAUAACCCUAAUCGUUACAUCGUCCCUGAGUUUGCGCAUCUUUCCCGCUUCUUGCGGUUACACAAGAGUACGGAACUUGUGUUGUGGAAACACGGGCAACGAUCAUUUGCAUUUCAAGAAUGGAAGGCGACAGUAGGCUACAGACUGGAGAAGGUUCCCAAUAUCCGCGGUUUUGCUCGAUCCGUGGGCCGCCGAUUCGGAUGUGCCGCCGUCAGCAAGGUGCCUCUCUUUGAGCUGGGAGUAUUCAUGCGCAAGAAUAACAAUACGCCAGUUCUCAAUCAUAUGUUCGUGAACACGUUCCGUACGUUGAUUGCCUACGGCUUAAAACGCGACCAAAAUGUCUUACCAUUUGCGAUGAUGUAUCAUCUCAACAUGACCAAAGGAAACUGGGUCUUGCAAUGUCCCAAAGAAGCAAAGCUCCCCAACCACGAGCGAGGUAUGAUGGGGGGCUGCGGCGCCCCUGUGUUUCCGUCGGUCAGUACCAGAUCGUCGAACGCGUCGCACCAUGGUUGUGGGCAUCUCGGACUGACACCUUGAGAAUGUGCUCCUGGUCUGUCGGCGAGUUCGUCAGUUCGGAUGAGACUCGCAACUCUAACGCGCGACUACUGAAAUAAUUUAUCUACUGGCGGGCCCCGGCUGCCCAGGCCCGUGACUACUUGUUAAAGCUGCUGCCUACGGUACUACCGUAGGUAUUCUAAUAGUGGUAGGUCACGGUAUUCUGGUAAUGCCACUUUUAGGCAUUCACGAUAAAACACUCUUCGUCAGUAGGCGGAACCUUGUGGGCCC